ACUCCCUCACAUUUCAUAUAUCACCUUUCCCUUUUCUUCCAAUUCAUAAACAGCACACAUCUUAUAAUAAACUAUGGCCUCAUCAAAGCUUCACAACCUACUCUCUUCACUUAUUUUUCUAUUCACCGUUCUUGAUUAUCCGGCCAAAACGACGCCGCAGGAGUGCCCUUAUCCCUGUUAUCCCCCGCCGACCGGCCCCGGCGGGAACAACCCGCCGGUGACAACAACGCCGCCGGUUUCCACCACCCCUCCUGCAGUUUUCACUACACCACCUUCAGUAUUCAUCCCGCUCACACCUCCACCGCCUUACUCUUUUGGAGCGGCGCCGCCGCCGCCUGAUCAAACGGUGCCUUGGUUUCCGUAUUUCUACCAGAAACCGCCCCAUCAAUUAGACCAGUCUUUUUCGUCGCCUGCUCUCAAAGGGUCAGGCAAUAUUAUUGUCAUUUUAUUUCCUCUUAUUUUUGCUCUGUCCUAUGUUUUCUAUUAUUAGUAGUACGCAUAUCUUCAAUUUUCAUGUAAUUAAAUUAUAUAGUUAUGUGUGUGACAAUUGAGAUGGGAAUUAUUGUAGGUUAUUUCAUUUAAUUUGUGCUAAUGUAAUGAUUAAAAGGAGGUUAUUUCCUUAAGAAUAAUUUGCAAAUUUAAUGAACUUUUCUUUCUCUCA